AUGCUUCUUUUCGCGAUGCCAGUUGACUUGCGCACCCGCACACAAAGCUGUGCUACUCCGUUUACACCAAUCGAAAGUCGACCUUCACAGUUUGCACGAGAUUGUGUGAAGCGAACUCCAGGCUUGAUCGAUUUAUUUGCUUCUACAACCUCUGUCUCUCGCGAGGUGUGUAUUCCUGUCGACUCUUUCUCUCUCUCUCUCUCAUGCUCAGCUCCAUUUUUAUGCACUCCUUCGACUCAGUCUUGCAUCACUGGAUUGCGCAGGUCCUCGGGACCCAUCGUACAUACACACAAACAGUCUACUCUUUUUCAAUUUCACGCCACCAAGGCCAUCCUUCGAAACUAUACACGAGAUUACCUCGUCUCAGGGCCGAUAUCUCAGUACUGUACACAAAUGGGUCUGAAUCCGUUCACCAGCCUUGAUCGGUCAUUGACUCCAAAAGCGCCAGUGUCACCUAAACUGGAGCACAGUCUCGACGUUGUAGCGUUGUUUUUUUGCGUCGGCUCCAGUCUGUCGAAAGGCCAGUUUAUCGCUGCGCCCAGACCCAGUUCCGGUUCCCAGGGCAGGGAAGUGACUCAUCCCAACGCGUCCCCACUACAACGAUUGGCCGCCACAUCGGCAGAGUGUGAUAUCGUAGAUCGAGUCAGCGCAGAUGCAUACAUACGUUUCGCCGCCCUUUCCUUUUCUGCACCCUCGACAGUACAAGCCUCUUCAAGUUGCUCACAGGGGGGACCAUGCUCCGCCGGUGGACAUGUGCCACGUGAACUCUUCCUCAAUGAACAGCUGCAUUUAUCCCGUUUCGCUUGA